CACAAAAAAAAAAUAGAGACCCAAAACGAGAAAACAAUUUUCUGGUUAGAUUUGACGUCUUCGUUUACUUCAUUCAAGAAACGAGCUCCCGCCGCCGGGAAAUUAUCUGUUCAUCACGACCGUCACCGGAGGGUUUUUGUUGUGGUCUAGCCUAUGUCGACGGAAUCAGAACGUAUUGAUUCGGUCUCAGACUUUUCUGAUGGCUCUAAUGCGUCGAGGAAUGAGGUCAGAAAUGCUCAAAUGUCUGAAACCCUAGCUGACCCCUUGACUGUUCAAGCUCAGGAGCUGAUAGUAAAGCCUGAUGGAGAUGAGCAAGAAGGAAACGGUAGCGUAGCCUCAGCUGGUGGUGAUGGGAUGGAGAAAAUAAAUGGAGUUACUGAUCUGGAGAAGCAAACGAAAUCUGUAAAUGGAGGAUUAGAUCUAGGCAUUGGAACCGAAAAUGUAGGUGGAGAAAGUAACGAAAGUGGGAAGAAGGUUCUAGUAGAUAGUGAAGAGGUAUUGAUGGUAGAGGGUGACAAAGAUUCUGAUGGAAUCAAAACGGUACUUCAGGUCGAGAAGGAAGUGAAACCUGACCUGGUCUGUUCUCAUGGCGCUGGUCUGAGUGAUGAGAAGGUUACUGAUGUCAGAUUGGAUAGAGAAGACCUUGUUGAGGAUAGUAAACCUGAUGGCUCAGAAAAGCAAGGAACAAAAGUUGAUGACUUGGAUGUUGUAUGUUUUAUGGGUUUAGAACCUCAUGAGAGCAAGGUUGAUGAUAAGGCACCUGUAACUGCGAAGGUGAAGAUCUCUGACUCUGAUUUGGUUUGGGCUAAAGUAAGGAGCCAUCCAUGGUGGCCUGGACAGGUGUUUGAUGCUUCGGCUGCAACAGACAAAGCACAGAAGCACUUCAAGAAAGGAAGUUUCUUAGUUACAUAUUUUGGAGAUUGCACCUUUGCUUGGAACGAUGCAUCACGGGUAAAGCCUUUUCGACAGUAUUUCUCCCAAAUGGCAAAGCAGAGUAGUCUACCUGAUUUUAUUGAUGCUAUUGAUUUUGCUUUAGAAGAGGUAUCAAGAAGGAUAGAGUUUGGUUUAGCUUGUUCUUGUAUCUCAGAGGAAGUCUAUCAGAAGAUUAAGACGCAGAACAUAAUCAAUCCUGGAAUCCGUGAUGAUUCAAGCUUAAUACAUGGUGCAGACAAGGUCUCAAGUGCAAUCUUCUUUGAACCUGCAAACCUUGUGGAAUAUGUGAAGCGUUUAGCAUGCUCUCCUAGCUAUGAUGCUACUGACGCGCUGAAGUUUGUAAGUCAGAGAGCACAAUUAUUAGCUUUUAAUCGCUGGAAAGGUUAUACAGACCUCCCCCAGUUUGAGACACUUCAGGGGUCAGUGGAGUCUGCACCCAAGAAUUCUGCUGCAGAAGGGAAUAGUAGCUUAGUGAAAGUUCCUGAUUCUGAAUUGAAGAAGAGUAAACAAGUUUAUACUAAAAGGAGAAAGACAGAAGACCAAGAUGAUGGAAAACAGGACGGAGUGUUUGAAUAUGAGGAUACUACCGUUCCAAAGAAAAAGGAGAAAACUUUGGCAGAGUUCAUUGCUGAGAAACGCUUAAGCAGAUGUAAAGGGAACAUAUCAAAUAAAAAUUCUGAGAAAAUUCCGCAUUGCGAAAAGAAACGCAAGGUUGUGAAUUCAAAACUUCCCAAGUCCACAAAAAAGAUCAAGGCGAACCAGGAAACAGAGGAUACAGGAUCUCCCAUUUCUCCCGAAAGUGAUCGAAAAAAUAGUUUGUCUGCUAGUGAUAAGAUAAUACCAGAGAAAGCUAGAAAAAGUUUUGGGAUUGGGGCGAGCAUAUUGAAAGUAGCAAACCAGAUGCAUUGUUCAACACCUACCAGACUCUUACCUUGCAGUGAUUCGACCUCCAAAAAGGCAGCCAAAACCAAUGGAAGUGGAAAAAGUCUCCAGGAAAAGCCGAAAGCCAAAGCAUUAUCUGAAAGAGUUAAUUCUCCUUUAACCAAUGAAAAGCUUUCAAACCCUGAUGCUGCUUCUGUUACCAAAGCCUCAAGUGGCAAAUCCAAUUCCAUCUGCAUAGACCACCAACUAUCCGAAGAACUUGAACAGGUCAUAAAAGAAGCACCUAGUACUAACCUUGUGAAGGACCCAGAGUUGGAGUCUAGGGACGCGAAAGACUCUUCUAAAGAGCAGAUGGUAAAUAAGGAUAGGAAAGAAGCUGCAGAUAUUGCAGAUGAAAUUACUAUAGAGGACAGCAAUCUAACGGGGGAGAAUAACAGUGGUUCGGACUUGAAAGAACAGCCUAGUAACAAGAGCUGCUCUGAUGGAUCUGAUAGUUGCAACGAAGAUGUUUCUGCAGAGUAAGCAUGCUCACAUCAGCGUCUAACCCACUAAUACUGCUGAUUUUUCUAGUCCGGCUUUGUUACUACUAAGCAAGAUUGGAAAAUACCUUUCAGACAUGUCAGCUUCCCAUCUCUUUCAAAGUUUAGGAUUGUAUGAUUUUUAUCAAAGUAAAACAAACAAUUUCGAGUGAGUAGAGCAAGUUUAAUACAAAGUUGUUUAUGCUU